AUAAUAGUUCAGAACUUUACGGUUUUGGGGUUAUUAUAAAUCCAAGUUUUUAUCAGAGUAAUUUUCUAAAACUCUUAGAAUGGCUAAAUAACAACAGAGCAAAUAAUAAAGAAAUCGCCGAAUUGAAUCAAAAAAAUAAAGAUUUGGAAAAUCAAAUCGCCGAAUUGAAUCAAAAAAAUAAAGAUUUGGAAAAUCAAAACACCGAUUUAAAUCAAAAAAAUAAAAAUUUGGAAAAUCAAAACACCGAAUUAAAUCAAAAAGUUAAAGAUUUGGAAAAUCAAAACGCAAAAUUAGAACAAAAAAACAAUGCAUUACAAAACCAAAUUAAAGAUCAAGAAAACAUUUUUCAAAAACUGAAAAAAGUCGAACAACAAGUGGAACAAUGCUUAACCGUGUUGCGUACUGAAGUUAAUAAAGACACUACUUUGGAUCAAAAAAUGAAUGAACUUGUCGAACUAUGUAAAGAAUUUGGAAAAGAACUACCAAACUUUAGAAGCAAAAGAAAACCCUUUCAAACAAAAAUGUUAAAGAAUAAAAAAAAAAAUGACAAAACUGAAAGUUCAUAUAAAAAAAUGAAAUUGAAACAUAGCAAAAUCGAUCGUUGUAUGGAUCUACUAGGAAUCAAAGAAUUAACUUACGAACAAAAAAUAGACAAUUUGCUCUACGAAUGUUAUACAAGAAGAGAAGAAAGAAAAAAACAAGAAAAAUUUGACCCAAGAUAUUCUGAUUAUAUUAUCAGAAAAAUGCAAAGAUGUUUGUUUUAUCUUGGUGAUCAUGCUGCUUAUUAUAAUGAUAGAGAAGAAAAGCUUUUGGAAGAGAUUCUCGAAGAAU